CUUUUGGAGCAGGCUGGAUAUUGCUGUAUUCAAUGACUGUUAAAUAAUCAGUAUGUUCUAUGGUCUGACAAUAAUGCUUUUUAUUAUGUGGUGUUUUGGGAUUUGAUCCUACAGCUGCCAUCGUGUGAAUAGUAGCUUUCCUUUCAGUGAAUCAACCAUUGCAGCUUAUCACAACCAAACGCUUUAUUUAAUUACGUUUAUUUUCAUUCGCUUUUUGUUUAGCAGCAUGGUCGCACUGUUGACAAUCCUCCCUCUGUCUGUGUUAGGCUGACAUCAUAGCAGGGUGCUCCUCUGUCCUGCCGCUGUCUGUUUAAGCACCUUGGAGAACUCCGCUCCACAGCAGAGCGCACUGCGGUGGCUGAAUCGCGUUUGUGCGUAAACUACGUCAAUUCCGCACGGAAGUACCAAAUGCUGCACUGGCAGAUGCUGCCUUGUCUUCACCCUUUGUUGAUGAUAUUGGCUGACGGUUAACUGUUCCCCCCUCUACUCGCUGCCUAAGAUAUUAUGGACGCUGCAGGGCAGAUUUAAGAGCGGUGCUUUGUGCUUCAUAUCCAUCCUUCGCCUGAUCGGGUUUCACUGGAUUGGCCGAGGCAAAUGCCAUUCAAUACACUCUCCCAGCGUGCAUGGCUCGCGGUAUAAACAGCAUGGCCAUCGCACAUUCCAGUGGGUCUAAAUAUAUCUAUUAAGGCCACAGGAGGGGGAGGACUGGUGUAGGGGGUUUAUCCUGGGACGUUUCACUGUCGUGGUGAACUCGCACCACUUGAAUUAUCUUCCUUAAUCGGUUGUUGCACCCACAGAAGAGAACUUGGCCCUAUCCAAAACAUGCCCUCGAGUUACAAUGUGAGAUCCAGGGCGCGGGAGAGAAACAGCGUCCUCAGCAGACCUGAGUUCAUCUCCUUGAACCAGCCCCUCCGCGGCGGCGGUGGCGGCGCUGGCGCUGGCCCCUCCGAGAGCCGAGGCAAUGCGAGGCGACCGGGUCAAAUCAAGCACCAAACAAGCCAGCCGAGUGAGGAACCUACCGACAGUGGCAGCAAGGACAGGAGAGAGCCCGGCAAGAUGCCAGAGGAAGACUGUAUGCAGCUCAACCCUUCAUUCAAGGGAAUCGCGAUGAACUCGCUCCUCGCCAUUGACAUCUCUCUGUCCAAACGCAUGGGAGUGUGCGCCAACACGUCGUCCUCCUGGGGAGGCUGCCGCUCCAUGGUCGCCCUGUUAGCGCUCACAGGGCACGGCAUCACGUGGAUCAUUGGCACUAUCGUGUGUCUCACUAGGAGUAACACCCUGGCAGGGCAAGAGGUCCUGGUCAACCUGCUGCUUGCCCUCAUCCUUGACGUCAUGACUGUGGCUGGACUCCAGAGACUGGUGAAGCGCAGAGGACCCUGGGAGAUGACGCCGGGCUUCAUGGACUGCGUCGCCAUGGACAUCUACUCCUUCCCCGCUGCUCACGCCAGCCGGGCCGCCAUGGUCUCCAAGUUCCUGCUGUCUCACCUGGUCCUGGCUGUGCCUCUUCGCAUCCUGCUGGUCCUGUGGGCCAUGCUGGUGGGCAUGUCCCGGGUGCUGCUGGGGAGACACCACCUAACUGACAUGGUGUGUGGCUUCGCACUGGGCAUGCUACACUUUAGCUUGAUGGAGACGGUAUGGCUCUCAUCAAGUACCUGUCAGACUCUUAUUUCCAUAAGCACGCUUAGCUGGAGCCCAUUUUUCUGAGCUUUUGAUAAGGCUAGGCUAGCACACAAGGCUUAUUUGAUACACUAACCUCCCAAUGCCAAGGUCUGAUGAAGUUAUUUGAGUGUUCUUAUGUGAAGCAUUCAUAUUUGGAAUCAGAUGCUGGGUUGCAAGUAACACCCAAGACAGGUAGGUCAAAAGACUUUAAAGACUUUCACAAUGCUUCUUAAUCCCACUAAAACACAACUUGACUGCUCCUUACCUUAAAUUAAGUACUACUAAUAAAGGGAACAUAAAACAACUGCAAACUGACAAUAAUUUUAUGAGAUGUUUUUUUCUUUUGAGAUUUUUGAUGUUUGAUUUGUCAAGCAGUGUGAAAGCUGGUACCAUUCAUCCAUUACUUAACCUCUUUCUACUCGACAAAUUCUUUCAGGAGUCUGUGUGCCUCUUCCUCUUUAACAUCUUACUUCCUUUAACUUCCUCUUUCCCUGCUACCUCUUCCUCUUUUCUCAUUGGUUUUUAAUAUUUGUGCUUUUAUUUUGGAACAGUGAUAAACUACGUUGGGCACUGAAGAGUUUGGUGUAAGGCUGUUAUAUAGAAUGUAACACUAGAAUAUAUAAAGUGAUUGCUGUUUGGAUAUUCCGUAUUGUUCCUGAUUUAUAUUAUUGACUUUUAUUAACUUAUUUUGAUGCCACUGAAUGUAGUUGCUUGUGGAAAACAAAUGUC